ACUGAUCGGCGAUGUGCAACACAAUAAUGCUGUAGUUAUAAAUAUAUACACUUGUCACAGCUUUAAUCCCAAAAGCAAACGAAAACCCAGAAUGAUAUCAGUUGCUAUGAUUAACGCGUUUUUUGAAGGCAUAUAAUCCUUUCCGUUACAACACAAAUCGUAACAGUUCAGUUUUACUCUGAUUUCUGAAGCGAAUGUUUUAAAAUGUUGAUGACCUUGAAGAAGAAAGUGAAGAGUAUUACCAGCUUGAUUUUAGCUGACGACGAUAAGAUAUCGCUGUCCAGUAGUGAUUCCAGUGUAGCAUAUCCGAAUAAUCGCAAUUCUCCGACGGCCGGGAGCACCGGAAGUCCCGUUAAACGCCAGGCACCGCCACCACCACCGCCGCCGGCAACGGUGACACCGCGACCGUAUUCCCGCAGUCCAUUUCCGGGAUGGCCGACUAUACGGAUAAUCGGGCAAAAUUAAUGGCGGAUAUUCGGAAAAGUCCAAAAUUGGCGCGCGUGGAUCGCAGCCAGAUUCGGGAUCACAGCAGCCCAACAUUCGGGUCGUCUUCCGCCGGAAACAAUGUAACAGCAACGAGCUAUUCUCGUCAAUCAGCAUCCUCCCAAAUGUCCCAGUCCCGAACCGUCAUUUCCUGGUACCCAUUCCCCGGCUUCAUCCCGACCAGGAAGCCGCUUCAGCCAGACGUCGAACGCCUCCUCGCGUUAUGACGCCCCCAGCGCCCCCAACACCCGUCCCACUAUCCCCUGGCCACCCCACCUUCAUCCGGGACGGCCCCGAUUCCGGUCGCUCUUCGCCGAAAACAUACGUCCGUGAUGAUCCUGAUGCAGCCCGGAAAUCCCCUCCUACCUAUGUUCGCGACGACCCGGAAGCGGUGCGGAAACGUUUGGGUUCGCCAACCCCGAGUCGCAGCCGGGCGUUGAGUCCCAGUCGGGCAAACUACCUCCCGGUGGUGGGGAAGGGACUCUUCCCGAAGGAGAUUGAACAGGAGACCAUUGUUAACUCGCAUAACAAACCUAUUUCCAGCGAGACACUGCGGCGGGAAUAUUUGGGGUUGAAGAAAAAUGGGAGCGGUGCGACGGAUGGUCGGAGCAGUCCGUACGGUGUGCAACUGAAAUCUGUGUCAAAUUCAUUGGCACCGAAAGCCCCGAUCCUUAAAACGGUCAACUGGGCGCCGCAUAUUGCGACAUCUAUGAAUGGACGAAAUUCCAGCAGCUCCGUGCAUUCACAAUAUUCUGCCGCCGGCAAAACAUCGGACAUCAGCUCGCGUUCUCGCAGUCGAUCUCGGGACGACUUCCUGCAUACUGAAAUAGGCUACCAGUCAAGAUUGUCUUCGCGCAAUUCAAAUGAGGAUAAGGAAAGGUUUUAUCGGAGCACGUCUGUGCCGGCUCUCAAUCGCGGAAAGUUCGCUGUUAAAACACAUGAAUGGUCAAGCGACAUUGAUGACAAGGUGUCAGAUGAAGAACUAGAUCAGCUGUUCAGCGACGUCUACUCGCAGCUGGAUCAGCUGAACAACGGGGAUACAAAGAUCGUGGCAACAUCUACUAAUGUUCCAGAAAGGCGUAGCGAGACACCGUUUGAGGCGGCCGUCCGCGAUGCCUUCAACGAUAUCAAGAAGGAUGGUGGGCUGGAGAAUGCCAGGGAAAUCGAGAUUUCCACGCGAGAGAUUCACCGAAAGGUCACCAUUACUACCACGCCGAAGCAGGAGCGGAAAUUCCCGCUGGCUGAUAGUAACACAAUGGGGAAUCAACGAGUCCAGUUGCCUCAAAAUAUUACAGGAAAGGUUACGAGUUUUAGAAAAAUUUGCAUCUUAAGGAUUAGAGAAAAUGACCAUUAUAAAACAGCAGUAACAUGUACUUAAUUGCGACUAUGGUUUGUAGGCGGUCGCAUCAUGAACCCGGCGACAUCCGUGGCGCAAGCGCAAGACAACGCCAGACUCGCCAUUCGCCAGACACAAAUCCAGUACGAGCGUAGUGCCUAGUGUAUCUGUAUGGCGGAAAAAUUAAAGGAGUGUUUUUAUACUCGUAGUUUUUUUUUGUGCAGCAUACAUAACAUAUUGUGUCAAUAUGCCAUGCAUGCCAAUGGUUACGUAUCCCUAUGAAUCUCCCCUGUUGUUCUGUUCCGCAUUGCCAUUACUACCCUUGCAUAAUACUCUAGCUGUAUGCGGCAUGCCUACCGUAUGUAUGUGUUUCCCUAAGUGUUCACUGUAAUCUGUUUUACCAGGGCA